UGUGCAGUUGAAAAGUGGCAUUAGGUGUGGAAUAACAACUGUUAACCUAGCACUUAAAUUUAAUUCCAAAACAAAAGAGCAAGAUGUUAUUGCAGUACUUCGUAAUGCUGCCAAAGAUGGAAAGCUUGGAGGCUUCAAUGUGAGUGCAACAAAAAGGACAAGAUCGCAAGCUGAUUUCGACACUGGAACUACAGAAGCAGGCACAGUAACGCUAACUGCUGACAGUGCCCUAGGGAUUACUGUUGGUGUGGUGGUUGGAUCAACUGCAGCACUGGCGGUUGCUGCAGGAAUAUUCGUCUUUUUCGUAAGGAAGUUAAGAAAGCGUAACAGCAAGAACUCAAAUGGGAAAAGAGAAAGGAAAAACAGAAAAACAACUGAAGAAAUAGGACAAGUCGUUACUGGACUUGAAAUGGCGGAAGCUUCUCAAAGCCAGAAGUGCUUGACAUUGGAUGAGCGGAGUCGGUCACCUUCCAUGACAGAUUCAGGGUUGGCGAACUGUUCACAACCAGGCCAGUCUGUCACUGAAAACACCUCUCUAUAUCCAUCACCACGUUUUUCGAAGAUUCCUUCAGAGCUCAUGACUAUAGAAAAAGUCGUUGGUCAAACUCAAAAGACUGGACUUGAAAUAGCGGAAGCUUCUCAAAGCCAGCAGUAUAUGGCAUUGGAUGAGCGGAAUCGGUCACCUUCCAUGACAGAUGCAGGGCGGGCGACCUGUCCACAACCGGGCCAGUCUGUCACUGAAUACGCCUCCCUAUAUUCAUCUCCACGCUGUUGGGAGAUUCCCGCAGAGCUUGUGACGAUAGAAAAGGUCGUUGGUGAAGGGGCUUUUAGUCAGGUUGCCAGGGCAACAGUCAUAGGCCUCCAGGGGAGACCAAAGAAGACGCUUGUGGUUGUUAAGAUGUUGAAAGAUGACGCUUCUGAGUCGGACAGGAAGGACUUGAUGUCCGAACUUCGAUUGAUGAAGAAACUCGAUGCUCAUCCUCAUGUCACUGAACUUCUGGGAUGUGUCACGAAAUCUGAGCCAUUGAUGGUGUUGAUUGAAUACAUUCCCUAUGGAGAUUUAUUGGGAUACCUCAGAAAGAGCCGUGGAUUGAAUGAUACUUACUUCGAAGACCCGGAUAUCAAACCACAAACAAAUCUGACGUCAGAGCAGCUUAUGAAGUUUGCGUGGCAAGUUGCCGAUGGAAUGUCGUAUUUGUCAUCGAUACCAAUUAUCCAUCGAGACCUUGCAGCUCGUAAUGUGUUCGUUGGAGCGGGGGAAACGUGUAAAGUGACAGACUUUGGUAUGGCCAGAGAUGUCCUAGAUGAUAACAUUUAUCAAAUGAGGUCAAAGGGACGUAUCCCUCUGAAGUGGACAGCUUUUGAGGCACUGCUUUACGGGAAAUAUUCUACCAAAAGUGACGUGUGGAGCUACGGAGUUCUCCUCUAUGAGAUUUUCACGAUUGGUGGCUCGCCGUAUCCAAAGAUGGAUGAAAGACAAAUUUUAACAUCGCUAGAAGCGGGAUAUAGAAUGCCUAGACCACAACACGUGGAUAAUAAGUUGUAUGACUUAAUGACAAACUGUUGGAAACACGACCCUAACUUGAGACCAUCUUUUGAGGAUAUGAGGAACACACUGAAAGAAAUGGAAGACCACCAUAAGGGCCUGAUAAAUUUAGAAAAUUACGGUGAUCGACUCUAUGUUAAUGCUGACGAUCUUGCCGAGUAAGCGAUUGCAUCCUCAUGGAGCACAGGAGGGAUUGAUAAAUCUGAGAUUAUAUGCUUUUUUGGAUGAGGUUUUAGUCUUUCAUGUGUUAAUUAAGUAAGUACAGAAACAAAAACUAACAGCGACGCGAGGCAAAGUAUAGCUUUC